AUGGCCGCGGCUGCUGUUCAAGCUCCAUUCUACGCAGGCCCCCCCGGCCAACCAGACAUCGGAUAUGCCCCCAUUUAUGAGAGCUUUGUCGCCAGAACCAAGCGACGCCAAGAGCAGGAGAAUCUGGACAAGUCCUUACCUACAGGUUUCCCUCAGAAACUAGAGUCGAAGUUGGUAUGGGAUGGGAAUACCUUGGCCGAGCACUACGACUGGAACUACGUCUUGACAGACGCUAAUAAGAAGGAAAUUGAUGAUGCUCUCGGGCACUUCAAGUGCAUAGCCACGGGAAAGCCACUUGGAGACAUCAGCCAGGAGACAUUUCCCCUCCCAAACCUUCACAAAACUCUGCGUGAGAUCUCGGACGAGAUUCACAACGGCCACGGCAUCAAGGUUAUCCGUGGCGUUCCAGUCACAGAGUAUACCCGCGAAGAAAACGUCAUCAUCUACGCCGGAAUCUCUUCCCACGUGGCUCCGAUCCGCGGCAGACAAGACAACCAGUUUCAAGGCGAGCCGGCUGACGUUGUUCUGGCACACAUUAAAGACCUUACUAAGAUAGUCGACCCCUAUAAGAUUAGAGCGCCGGCCUACAUAACUGUUAGUAUCCCUAUUAUAGGGUAG